AGUGACUCAAGACGACGCCUAAGUCUCGACUCCCAUGAGCUUUGCUGAUUUUACCGUCGAACCCUCCUUCCACAACACACGAUGCCGACCGUUCACUUGCUAGACUAUGUCGCCGGCAAUGUCCGCUCGCUUGUCAAUGCCAUUGAGAAGGUGGGCUACACGGUGGCAUGGGUCAAGUCGCCCGCCGAUGUUCCCUCCGCAGAGAAACUCAUUAUUCCUGGCGUCGGCCACUUCGGCCACUGCCUCUCGCAGCUCGAGAAAGCAGGCUACACCGAGCCAAUUCGCGAACACAUCAAGGCCGGGAAGCCCUUUAUGGGAAUAUGUGUCGGGAUCCAGGCACUAUUCGAGGGGUCAGAAGAAGACCCACAGGUCAAAGGACUCGGAGUGAUUCCAUAUAGGCUUCGAAAGUUUGACGACAAGGACAAGAGUGUGCCGCACAUUGGAUGGAAUAGCGCAAACACUUCACGUACCGGCCAGGUCACAGACGAGUCGCUCUAUGGGCUACGACCGACGUCCAAGUACUACUAUGUCCACUCAUAUGCGGCGCCUUACGAAGAAGGCAAGUUGGAGCGGGAUGGAUGGUCGGUCGCAACCGCACGCUAUGGCGAUGAAGAGUUUGUCGGCGCAGUAGCCAAGGACAAUAUAUUUGCGACACAGUUUCACCCCGAGAAGAGUGGAGCUGCCGGCCUACGCGUUCUCAAGGCCUUCUUGGAUGGGAAUAAAUCUCAGAAGCUGCCUCAAAAGCCAACAGCAGCCGCCACCACCAGAGAGGGUCUGACAAGGCGCGUCAUUGCGUGUCUCGAUGUGCGGACCAACGACUCGGGUGAUCUCGUGGUGACCAAAGGCGAUCAGUAUGAUGUCCGAGAGAAAGAGGGAGCAGGCAAUGCCGUUAGAAAUUUGGGCAAGCCAGUGGACAUGGCCAAGAAAUAUUACGAACAAGGUGCCGAUGAAGUCACGUUUCUCAACAUCACAUCCUUCCGUAACUGCCCUGUGGCCGACACGCCAAUGCUAGAGAUCCUUCGACGGACGAGCGAGACUGUCUUCGUACCAUUAACAAUAGGCGGUGGCAUACGCGACACAGUAGACACGGACGGAACAAAAAUCUCGGCCCUCGAUAUCGCUACAAUGUACUUCAAGUCUGGCGCCGACAAAGUAAGCAUAGGCUCUGAUGCUGUCACGGCAGCCGAGGAAUACUAUGCGAGAGGUAGCAAAUUGGCGGGCAACACGGCGAUAGAGACCAUCUCCGCGGCCUACGGCAACCAAGCAGUCGUCAUCAGCGUCGACCCGAAGCGCGUCUACGUCUCCUCACCACAAGACACACCCCACCACACUAUCCAGACUAUAACACCAGGCCCUAGAGGCGAAGAGUACUGCUGGUAUCAGUGCACCAUCAAAGGUGGGCGCGAGGGACGAGACUUCGAUGUCCGGCAACUGGUCACUGCCGUGGAAGCCAUGGGAGCCGGAGAGAUCUUGCUCAACUGCAUAGACAAGGAUGGCAGCAAUAGCGGGUUUGAUCUUGAACUCAUCAACGAUGUAAAAGAGGCGAUCAAGAUCCCCGUCAUUGCGAGUAGCGGAGCCGGCCAUCCGGGUCAUUUCGAGGAGGUGUUUGCGCAGACGCGGACAGAUGCUGCGCUGGGUGCUGGAAUGUUUCACAGAGGAGAGUAUACGGUCAAGCAGGUCAAGGAUUACCUGCAAGACAAGGGACAAUUGGUGAGGCCCUUUGAGGAUGAGUUAUGAUUGGUGUAGUCGCAAUAGAGUGCCCAGAACUGCUGGCAGAUACUAGAUGCCACGCGCAAAUAAACAUGAUAUCCCAACCCACAACUCCAAUGCCAUGCUUUUUGGUAUACCCCAAUGCCAACAUGCUUCGUAACCCGCAAACGCCGUGAUAUGCACAUUUCUGUUCCAGGUCAAUGCCCAGGACCGGCGCACUAUCUAACUAAAGUGUAUGCCCUCCUGGUUGAAAGCAUACAGCAUCUUGAGGAAAUCGCCCUCGUCACACAGUCUAGCUCUCUUGUCUGCAAGCUGCGUGUCAUCCUCCAACACUUUCCGCACCUUCUCCCGCACAAGCUC